CUGCGUCUUUUUGUUUCCUUCCUCUUAUUCUCAAGCAUAACAAACUCGCAGCAUGCACUGCCUAUGAUCCGUUUUACCCGCGCCAUCCCACGGACAGAGUCGUGGCCAGUACACCCACGAUUACAGCAACAAAGAAAACUACGACAAGUCUGAAGAAAAGACUAGCCUAACACUAACUGUCUAAACUGAACCUGACCAUGUACACUGCACGUUUCAGGAUUAUUCAGAGAACUAACUUACUGAAAAUAGAACAGGUGCAACUAGAUUACCGUAACAUUCUCCACCACCAAUGGCCCGGCACCUCCUCGCCCUGGUAUUGCAGCUGUUUGGCGUCGGAGCUCCGCGAUCCGGCGCCGGCGACCGCCAUCGUCCCGUGCAUCUGCGCCCAACGAAAUGGAAGCCUGCGUUUCCACGAGCCGCGUCCUCCUCCCUUUCCCUCUCUGCGCCGCGCGGCCGGCGGAUGCCUGCUUCCGGCGCCGAGCAGGGGCUAGCCGACGAAGAGGGGUCGGGCUAAACCCGGCAACGGCGUCGCUCGACAGCGCCGCAGUGCUCCUCGACGCCACCGUCGGGGCGGGGACGGGGUACUCGCAGGCGCGCUACUACACCUCGCUGGGGUUCUUCGUGCUGUCCGUGCCGGGGCUCUGGUUGCUCAUCAAGCGCUCCGUCAAGUCCAAGGGCUCUGGGAUGAGGCUUAAACGGUUUGGAGCGAAACCUGAUGCCAGGAAUAGAAGACGCCUUGAUGAUGGAUUCGCCCAAGGCUUCCUCCUUGGAGGUGGAAAAACCUUCCCUUGGUGACGGCGAGGGGCCCAUGCUUGCAGGGAAGAAAAGGAAGGAUGUUCCUGGGCGCGAGAAUGGCGGCGUGGCGAAGAGGGUGCUCAGGUCGGACACCAUGAAGCUGCAUGUGGAUGCUGAGCCUGAGGGUGAAGCCGCCGCCGUGGAUGUUUGCGAGGGUGACAGUUUGGAGAAGGCUGACUGUGAGGCUACUGUGGGUGACAGUUUGGAGAAGACUGACUGUGAGGCAACUGCGGGUGACAGUCAGGAGAAGACCAACUGUGAGGCUGUUGCAGAGGAAGGCAGAAGCGGGGUGCAGGCAGUUGAUGCUUGUAAAGGUGAUGAGCAAAUGGAUGAUGCUCCAAUGAAAGUCGAUAAUGCUAUAGAAGUGCCAUAGAAGUGUUCUGAAAAUAAUGUGGAAAGUGCCGGCAUUGCUGAAGAGAAUGGCUUGGAUAACCAAAAAAGCAAUUUUGAAUCUGAUGAUAAGAAAGAGAAGGCAGACGAGAAGAUUUACUCUGCAACUCAGGAGGAGGAGAAUGUGUCCUUCUACUUCAGCUCAGUCUUCCCAGCAAGUUAGUUUUUUCUCCAAACGAUAGACUCAGCUGGUUUCACUUGUGCAGAACCAUUCAUUAAGCAUCCCCCGGAAAGCAAAAGGAGUAAAUUAAAGGUGCAGAGCUACCAAAUUAAUCUGACAAUGCUGCAUCUUUCUUACCAUCUUAUUAUUUACAGUCUGUGUACUCUUAAGAUCCAAAGUAAUCAACCAAAGUAUCUCACUA